UUCUUUCACUAUCAGUAGUCAUGAGGAAGCUAGCCUUAACAACAAAGGAGCUAGCCUUAACAACUGCCUAAUUCUUUUUGUUCUGUCAAUAAGCAUAUGAUCCAUUUUGUAUGACAGAGGGAAAAUGUUCUCAGUCUGGAGUUUCUGCUUGAUUCUCAUCCAAGUAUUCAUCUUUGGUUCCCUGUGUGAGGCAGAUCUGUCCUGCCUGGAUGAAGAAGGGCAGCCUGUUGACUGGUUCAUCGUGUACAAGUUGCCCAAGUAUACGAAGGGUGUUGUGGGAAGUGGAGUUGACUACAUGUAUUUGGAUCCUUCUUUACUGAGCUGGCAGCUAAGUACACAUGUGGUGAAUACCAGUAAAGGGGCAAUAGGCAGCACCCUGAGCCAGCUGUACCAUAGAUAUGAGUUGAACAGCUCUGCGUACAUGAUCUACAAUGAUGCUCCACCGGUGCUGAAGUACUUGAAUAAUUAUGGACACACAAAAGGGGUGCUGCUUUUUGAUGAGUCUCAGGGAUUCUGGUUAAUGCACAGUGUUCCUCACUUUCCACCAUUCCCUGAAAUGGGCUAUGGCUUCCCCUCCACUGGCAAACUCUUUGGCCAGAUGUUUCACUGCACUACUUACAGCUACAGAGAGUUCCAAAAAAUAUCACAGCAACUGGCAUAUAUGAAUCCCCAUGUAUACAAUUGCUCAAUUUCAGCGGCGUAUUACACAGACAUGGCAGCCAUGGCACAGCUCUGUGCUGGCGAGAUGCCAGUUGUGUCGCCCAGUAGGAAACUGGAGAAGCUGAAGUCAGUCCAAGGGGAGACCUUCCUCAGUUUUGCCAAAUCUCACAGCUAUGUUGAUGACAUUUAUGCUGGCUGGGUAGCACAGACACUGAGGACAGAUGUUCUUGUGGAAACCUGGCAACGAGAGCCACACCAUCUCCCCUCCAACUGCUCACUGCCCUACCACGUAAUGAACAUCAGGAGUAUCAGCCUACCAGGACCCGUCAUCUUCAAUUCCUAUGAGGACCACUCCAAGUGGUGUGUGUCCCUGGAAUACAAAGCCCAGUGGGCAUGUGUGGGCGACCUGAAUCGGGAGAUCGGACAAGCGUGGAGAGGUGGUGGCCUUGUGUGUUCUCCAAACCCGGGUGUCUACAGAGCCUUCCGUCAGGCAGUGGCCUGGUAUAAAAGCUGUUAGAAGCAAGAGAUCUUCUGUUAUCUUUGGAAGUAUGGAAGUAUGGAAAUGUGGAAGCAAAUCAAUGGACAGUGUUAUGCACUUUUAGAUGGAACAAGUCUUUCCCUUAUUUUUAGUUGAAUAGGAAAGUCACUUUAACAUCAUUUGGAAUGGUACUGAUUUUUAUUUUUUAUUUUUUUUUUAGUAUUUCUGUUACCCUUUUUCAUAUAUCGAGAGUCUACAUUUAUUUGAACAGAUAUAAAUUAAAGAGCAAUUCUCAUACAUCCUCUUAUAUACAUCAUCUCAGUUACAGGUAAAUAUCAAUGAUAAAAUGGGAAUGCUUGUAACUGCAUAAAUUAGGGGUAGAGUUGUGUGCAAUAAAAAGGUAAAAAAUCUUAGGAAUGAGUUAUGAGCAUAUACACAUCGCAUCAUGUAUAAUAUCCAGUGUAAGACUCUAAAUCAAGAGGGCCACGCAACUGCAAGCUAAAUGCCAUGCUUGUGCUAGGGGUGUUAGAUAAUAGUAAACUCUACACUGAUGUAUGUCACCAGGACCUAACUUUGACAUCCCUCAGGGCUAACCUGUCAGCAUUCAUUGUUUACUUGUAGUUUAAAUGGUCGACUGUAAAUAAAUUACUUACUUUUUUUUCUCCA